UAAAAUGGCGUCUGAAUCCAUGGAAAUAUGGUGAUGUCAAGGUUUGAAAAUUGUCUGAUCUCUAAUCAUAAAUUUGAUAUUUUGAUGAACAGCGGGUCUUGAAAAGUCUAAGUGGAUGGAUGCAACCAGUCUGAAUGACGACCUUCGCUCAACUAAGAUUCCGAGAAAGUCGGUUGCGUCAAGUACAAGAAGCUUCGCUGUAACAGAGAGAUGCAGACAAGAACUGAAAGACCAUGAUAUCGAUUUUGACGUCAGGCCUCCAAGGGGUACAAACCAUCAGCAACCAGGAAAGCACUUGAGCAUAGACACCAGAUUUUCAGAACUUAGCCUAGAAGAUUCUUCAUUAGUUGCUGAAAGUGAAAGAGAUCCAUCCAGGUUACCAACAAGUGCACCCACCUUUAGAAACAGAACCAUACAUAGUAGAGUGCAGAUCCCAAAAGGAAAUUUUUACAUCACCUCUCCUUUUAAACAAGGGCCAGAGAAAGAUGUGAAAGGACCCGUUUUGGUCAUUGAUCCUAGUCUUCAGUUGAAGCAGCGGACCACUGCUGGAGUUGCAAAGAUCAAGAAGCAGCUGGAAAGGACAAAACGAACAAGAAAUAUGAUUCUUCCUCCAGCCCAGUUACAGAGAGGUCGCCUUAAGGCACUUGGGCGACCUGUGACGGCUUCUGAUCCUCUCGUAAACAAUUGUCAAGGAAUUUUGGCUGGUACACGAAGGUAUCAUGGUUUUGCAAGAAGGCGGACCAGCCCUUCACUAGAGCGUGUCAAGUCCUCAAGAGUGUUCUCAACUUCGGAGACAGCAUUAUCGGCUGCUGUACGACCGGGAAGCCCGAGUCAGUUACUGCGCCCAGAAAGUUCCAUUCAUAACACUUCCUAUGCAUCUUCUGUCAACGAAAGUAACAGCCGCUGUGAUUUUAGUUUUUCUGAAGAUGAACUGAGUGAUGACAGCAUUGAUGUAGAUAAUCAAGCUGAACAAGUGGCGAGAUUCAACCAGGAUGAGAAUGAAACUAAAGAGAAGCUCCUUUGCCUUUUAACAGAGAACAAAACUCUUGCAAGUGGUUGUAAACCUCAUUUUGAUGACAGUAAAAAAGAGCACCCAGACGACAGCGAUGAAGACGAAGGCCGAUGGGCACGACAGAAUCUUCUACCAGCUAAUCGUAGCUAUGAGUUUGAGAGAGGGCGAAAUAACAACUCUGAUAGUGUCCGGAAGGCAAGCGGGGGGAAAACUAGUACUUCACAAGGGAAACAAACACAGUUAACAACGUGUGGUGGCAGGGAAUCCAAGCGAACUUCAAGUUGUGAGCUUCAGAAUGAAUUCUCUGUUGACUCUUCAAUGAUCAAGUCAUGCCAGAAGACCACUGACAGGCUUCAUCCAGAAUUGAAACCAGUAUCCCGUAAGCCAGGAGCUGAAGAGUCUUUUAACAACCGUUCAGGUUUAGAUCCUGAUAAAAUAAUUGACGUUCAUAUAAGGGUAAUCUCUGGAAAUGGAAGUACAUGCGUGGGAACGCUUGACCGAUCUAACAACGAUGAUGAUGAAUACCUGGAUGGCGAUACCUUAGAUUCUGACAGGAUACCUUCGGCGGACAUUCUAAAAGUACUUGACUCUUUGAAUCUUAGCACUUCUGCAAUGAAGCCUCGGAAUCCUCGAAAUGAGCGACCCAAAGUAAGAAGGGUGCAGUCUGCUGGUUACAUGAGACAUACGGCUGGUGCUCUAAGAGAACCGAGACCACCGUCAGGUAAACGAGUAGGAAAAAGAAGGGAGAACGAUAAAAAUUUACGUAAGGUAGAAAAUUCGAACACUGUUACUUCCAUGACAAGUAGAAAAACUGAUGACUUGACAAAGUCUGCGAGGGAGAAGUUACCGGGUUAUUUCACUGAGCAGUACAAAAAAAUAUUGGACGAGCAGAAACGAGAUAGGAGUGCGAGUGCCCCGGUGAAAAAGGGACUUCCACCGCCUAGCAGCAUGACUUUGGUAGCAAAAGAAAUUACAGGCAAAGAUAGCGAUAGAAAUGGUUUAGCUGAUAUGGCAUCUGCUAAUAAACUUGGAAAAGAAUUUGUAGAAAUGUGUCGUGGCAAGUCUUCCAUGGAAAAGACUCCACUUUUUAGCGAGAAGCCGGAUAAAAGCUCGAACGGCAAAAAAUCGCCUCGAAGUUCCCCAACAAGUGUGUUUGUGACGAUGGAAGAUAAAAGUGAAUCUAGAGGUUUUAACGAUUGGGACGACAGCAGUUCUGGCGUGGAAACGAUGUCUUGUGCGACUGGUUCAUCUGCUUAUGGUCGUACUAUCGAUAAAAGUAAUUACAGCUCUGAAUUGGGGUGGAGUUCAAGUAAUGAGAACUUGUGUACUGUGACUGACGGACAACGUUAUGACGAGCUUGAUGACUGCACUGAUAGUGUCAGUGAUGACGAUGAUGAUGGCGUUAAUGCUGGCCUUGUUGAAGACUUUGCCAAUGAUUCCACAGAUUUGGAAGUGGUUGCGAAAACGAUGACUCUGUCCGAGUCAAGAUAUGAUACAAAGAAGAAGCCCAUUGCUCCAUUUCCACCUCUUUGCUUCAGUAUUAAUGCUAAACCCCCAGAGGGGCAGUUGUAUUACUUCGCUUAUGGACCAGAAAUGAAUCCCAACAGGAUGGCCAUUUACUUGCGUCGAGAGCCUAAAACGCGAUUGUGGGGAAUUCUGUUUGGAUUCCAGAUUCUAUUUAACAAGAGGGGUACAUCCGAUGAAGCUGGCGGAUUUCCUAACAUGGAAUUCUCUCCAAGAAACUCAGUUGAAGGAUGUGUGUACGCGAUAACUGACACAGAACUGAGGAUGCUGGAUAACUGCAUGGGUUAUCCUAAGCAUUAUACUCGAGUAGUUGUACCGGUUUGGAUGCUGAACUGUACCAGUCCCUCUGAACACGGUGUAGCACAGUACUGUGUACCAGCGGUUUCGUACAUUGCUCAAGAUAAGUGGAUCGUUAAUGAUUCGUCCCAAAAGUUGGAAUGUCGCUACAGUGUGAGCCAAUGUUUGAAGGCGUCAGACAUACUGACUCCUAACUACGUCCAAUUUUUAACCAGCCAAGCAACCAGUUAGCUUAAGAUGUGGAUCUAGAAUGAAGUAUUGAACCUCUGACUUUUUGAAACUUUAGUAGGUAUUUUCGUAAGCAGUCAGGCUUAUUUAUCCAAACUCGUAUGUCUCACCGGUACAAAACCUCCAAACAUCACACCCAUGGCUAACUGCUUUCACAAAAGUUUAGGGAGCGUGGGUUCCAUUAUCACUGUUUUAGAGACCCACUUAAACUUCCAAAUUCUCUGUAAAAGAGCUUCGUAACGUUAAUGCUAUUCUGGGUUAUUGCGGAAUGCAAAAUGUCUUUAGAAAUUAUUGUCAAGUCCUCGUCAGUCAGGCUGUAUCUAGCAGGUAUCAACUAAGUUGUUAUCUAGUUGUGAAUAUGUAAAUUUGUCAACUAUUGUAUUUACUUGUUUUUGACCUACAAAGAGAAAUAUUUUGGUUAAUCGCUGUCAGCAUCAUUUACGAACUCUACCCAUUUACUAUGGAAGUUGGUGAAAAUAUUCUUGAUAAUCUCUGGAUUUGAUGUCAGGCUUCACCUGAUGAAGAGUGUCAAUCUGUAAACAAACAGGUCUAUAAAAGAUUCAGUUUAAAUCAAUCAAGUGAACGUUACGAAACGACCUUUAGAAAUUACAAAUGCGGUUCUCGGUCAUAUUAGAACUGUAAAAAUUAGGAAACUCCUUGUAAGGGUUAAACCCGGAAGAACUUAGAACUUAAACCAAUCUAAACACUUGUCAACACUAGCAGCACUUUAAUCAGUGUAAUAGAACUUGAUCGACCGUCGGGUCAUCCUUAAACAGUAAUAGUCAUCAUGUUUUCGUUAUCAAUUUGUAGGGAAGACUAAGGUUCCUUUAUUAAGAAUAAAUUCCUCAAAAGCUCGUCUUA